AUUUAGCGCAAUUCAAUUGUGCUCCGAUCGGCAUUUCAAUAGCCACUCGGGGUAAUUUACCGUGAAGCCCAUUCUGAAUUAGAAUGACCAUCGUCUGAUGCGUGGUCUCCCCGCCGGAGAGCCAAGAACUGCAGUUGAAGCUAUAAAUGGCACCCUGUCCUCGGCAUAUAGCAUGAUGCGCAGGUACAACCGCCGAAAAUGAAGUGCAUGAAGUGCAUGAAAGGCCUGGCUUGGGCCAGCUUGUUUUUGCAGGUUGCUGGGUUGGAUGCAGAUGCCCUUACGGCUCAAUAUUUUGGUAAUGAUGCACCGUGGUAUCGCGACCGGAUUCCGCUCUUCGAGUCCAGUGCUUCCGAGAUCCAGGACGUUUAUUACUACCGGUGGAAUAUCUUCCGUGCCCACCAGCGCGAUCUGGGUGCCGAUGGGUACAUCUCAACUGAGUUUCUGAAUGAUGUCAGCUGGCAGACUCAGCCGUCCGCUUUACUGAUUGAUGCCGCCAAUUUCCAUCUGCGUGAAGGUCGGUGGUGCCGUGAUCGUCGGUUCAAGAGCGAUUAUGCAAGCUUUCUCUAUGGCCCGUACAAGAACCCAUAUCAGUUCUCUGAGAGUAUGGCCGACGGAGUGUGGCAGGGGUAUCUGGUCGAUGGGGUAGCAGAUGAUGCUACCGCCCACUUAGACACCAUGCAGGAGGUCUUCAAGGGAUGGAACACCACCACCAUGGAUACGGGAGGAUACGACACUUCCAAAGCCCUGUACUGGAUACAGCCACUUACCGAUGCGACUGAGUACACCAUUGCUAGCAUCGACGCAUCUGGUGGCGCGGAUGGUUUCACAGGAGGGAAUGCCUUCCGGCCUAGCAUCAACAGCUAUCAAUAUGCAAACGCGUUGGCAAUUGCCAACCUGGCCAAGUUGCUAGGCCAGGACGAUGUGGCAAACGAGUAUCAGCAGCAAGCGGCCGGCAUUAAGGGGACUGUGCAAGACACAUUGUGGAAUAGUACCUUCCAGCACUUCAUUGAUCGGUACAAGGUGGAUAAUGAGUAUGUGGCAUACUGGGACUUUAUUCGAGGCCGCGAGCUGGUGGGCUACGUCCCUUGGACACACGAUCUGCCCGAUGACACGGAGGAGUUCGCUCAAGCAUGGAAGCAUCUCUUGGAUCGCGAGAAGUUUGCGGGCGCUCACGGCCUACGCACCAAUGAGCCAAGCUACGAAUACUACAUGAAACAAUACCGCUAUGAGGGCGAUAAACGCGAGUGCCAGUGGAACGGUCCUGCCUGGCCUUACCAGACCACUCAAGUCCUAUCGGCUCUCGCUAACUUGCUUGACCACUACAACACGUCUGCUGCUGCCAACCUCGUCACGAAGGCUGACUACACCAACUUGCUACAGCAGUAUGCCCAGUUACACUAUAACCCGGAUCGAGGUGGUAUCCUAGACCUAGAAGAAGACUAUGACGCCGACACAGGCAGUCCGAUCGUCGGAUUGGCGCGCUCCCCACACUACUUCCAUUCCGGCUAUGUUGACCUGGUCCUCUCCGGUCUUGUUGGCAUCCGCCCUCGCGCUGAUGAUGUGCUAGAGGUGAACCCGCUGGCAGACCCGGCAGUCAUGACAUACUUCCGCGCCGAGCGCAUUCUCUACCACGGUCACGAAAUCGCCGUUCAGUGGGACGCCAAUGGUGACCACUACGGCACAUCGGGGCUAGUAGUCGAGGUCGAUGGCAAAGUUGUGUCCACAUCACCAAGCUUGACCCGCAUCACUACCAGCAUCACCCGGGAAACUCCGCCGGCAAUUAGCCGCCCUAUUGCUGUCUCUGUACAACAGAACUCAACCUCAUAUCCCCAAGGCAGUGUCUCCGUCGCAGAUGCAGACACCGACGCCGUCCAUGCCGCCAUCGACGGACGGGUCUGGUUCUUCCCCGAGUCCGACGUCGCGAACGGAUGGGAUACACCCGCUGGAAAUGGUAGCGAGCUCUGGUACCAGAUCAGCUUCGAGUCUUCAACCCAGACCGCCAGCGCAGAGAUUGCCUUUUUCGCUAAUAGCACGCAAGGCUUUGAUGCUCCGGAGAAAUACAGUAUUCAGGUUAACGUAUCCGGCGAGUGGUCGGAGGUGUCAAACGCCAAUUAUAGUUCCCCUGUUGCGAACGGAAUUACCCGGGCUACUUGGGACGGCGUCGACACGGAUAAGAUCCGACUUGUUUUCGCGCCACAAGACGAGAAAAAGGUUCGGCUGGUGGAGUUCAAGGUUUUUGGGGAGGUGGUGAGCGAUAACUGAGUAUUGUAGCUUAGCUUCACUCUAUAUUUGCGUUUGUUCGUUUGUAUAUAGUAUGGUCCGUGUUUUAGGAAGUUAUGUUUGUAUCCAUCUGCAAUCUGAUACACCA